AUGCGCUAUUAUCACCUUCUAGCCCUUUGCGGGCUUUCCUUGGCUUCAGCCGCGAACACCAAUCCUCAGAUCAAGGCCGACAUACGCGCUGACAGCAACCGCGACGGACGAGUCGACCUACAAGGUUCUUCAGAUGUCAUCAGCAAGACUCAAUGGACUGAAAGGUCUGGUGCUAUCUUCCUCCCCAAUAUCGGCGAUACGGAUCGACGAUGCUCCAAGAAGGCGCUUACGCCUCAGUACCUCGCCCCCCUCAAGACGGUCCCCAUCACAAUCGUUUCCAAGAACGCAAAGGGUAGUGUUACAGUUCCCGAUGUCACUCAGCGCAAGUUCGAGUUGAAGACUGGCCUUGAACUUGGUAUCGAUGCUCGCAAUACCAGACGUCCCAAGGUCUGGGAUGGACGUGUUACAGUUCACUUCAACGUCCAAGACGGUGAUGUCAAGUCUGCUGACACAGUUAUGCUACGUGUCGCACCUGUGCUUACGCAUCAUCACCUCCAAAAGGUUGAGCAAGUCCUCGCAGUCCAAGGCAACAAGACUGACAGCCCUUAUCUUGUCGACUUCACCAACACCCUCAACUCAAUUGCCAAGGCUGCUGGCUUGAAGAAAGACCUGUACCUCUUCAACGCAAGUGAUGACAUCUGGGCUCAAGAUUUUGUUGAGCCAGGCUACGCAAGCAUGCCUGGUCCCAAGGGAACAGUCUCUAUUCGGAUCAUGAUUCGGUGUCCCCAGGAUGAGCGCGUGGCUGGUCGACAACUCUUUGAGUAUUACCGAAAGGCCGGCGUUGGUGCAGUGCAGCAUCUCGGUGGGAAGCGAGACGAGAUCAACUCAGGUGGAAAUAUCGAAGCUAUUCCACCUUAUACUUUCAAGGGUAAGAGUUGGCCAGCUGGACGUGUCAUUCUGGGCAACCAUGGCAAGCAGAGGCAUCAUAUUCUUCCUUACCUUGAAGCCCAGGAGUCACAGAACCCCCUCCUGCUUGAUACUGCUUGGCUCUCCAUCGGUCAUGUCGAUGAGUUUCUCCAGUUUCUGCCUGCCAAGAACAAGAGAGGUUGGGUUGCAGUCAUUGACGAUCCUCUUGCAGCUAUCAUGCUUCUUCAGGAGACUCGCAAGGCAGGCCAUGGAUCUCUCCCGGCUAUUUCACGCAAGAACGACACUAGUUCUGGCCCCGGUGACUGUGGUGGUUUCGGUUGCGGACCUAUUACUGUCAAUUCACCCACCAUCGCUCAAUUACUGGCUGAUAAGAAGUUAAUGAGACUCAACGAAAAGUGCGCACAGCGGAUCGAAGGCAACAUCAAGAUCAUUAAGAAAGAAGUCGGACUUACCGACCAGGACAUCGUUCGCAUUCCAGCUUUGUUCAAGAACAGCGACUUCUCUGACGGUGAUGACUCGAGGCUUCAAGUCGCAGCAUUCUUCCCUGGUGUUGUGAACAAUCUGGUUCUUACCGGUUACAACACUUGCGUUGCGCCUAACCCAUGGGGUCCGGUUGUCAAGGGGAAGGAUAUCCUUGCUGAGACCAUUAGCAAGAAGUAUGCAAAGAUUGGAAUGAAGGUCAAGUUUAUUGAUGAUUGGAAUACUCAUCAUAACUUUGGUGGAGAGGUACACUGCGGUAGUAACUCGAUCCGAGACAUGGCUGCCAAGUGGUGGUGA